AAGAUGAAACUAACUGAAAGGAGUCAUGUUUUUCCCACAUGACAGUUUAUUGUCAUUAUUACUAUCUAUCUGGCCAUCCACAAUCACAACUCAGGAUUUCUGCCCCACUGAAGCGUCCGCAUCGUUUUCGUGAUGUUGUCAGGUAACCCACCUAUGAUUUGAGAUUGACUACUUUGUUUCCCUCUAUAAUCUCCCACUCUCUAUGUACAUGGCGUGCAAAUUUCAACUGUUUUUUAAAAUCAAUAGUCCUAUUUUAACCAUUUAUUAAUCAAAUAACAAAAUGCAGGUUUAUUAUUUCUCCCCAGUGGGCCAAGUUGUUUACCGGGUCAAAUUGUUUAGUCAUGAUCUCUUUAGAUUACGUGUAUAGGAGGAUUAUGUGUGUGUGGGAUUAUUCACGAGGAGGGUGGAAAUGACUUUAGGCUCUGCCUCCAACGAUGAGUUUUUACAUUUUAAACCUGUGCUUUCACGUUACAACAAUAUUCUACAUCGAUAGUUCUGUUGGAAACCAGAGUGGACAACCGGUUCAUACUUGCGCCCAUCUCUUGUCCACUCAGGUAGGAUUGGAUUUGAGAACAACCUCAUCCUUCAACCUCAACAAGAAUGGCCGUCGAACUCGUCAAAAUAGGAAUUUCAUUGAAAAUGCUACCAAAUAACAGUGCUGUGUACUUCAAAUCGGACGGAGCGAGAUUUGGUCAAACCAGGACGAUUAAAUUGCUAACGGGGUCAAAGUACAAGAUUGAAGUGGUUGUCAAACCUGGGUCUGUGGAGGCAACCACCAUGAGUGUAGGUGGAGUCACAUUCCCUUUGGAGCAGCAGUCUAGAGACCCCCAGUGUGUGGUCUACACCGGCGUCUACGACACAGAGGGCGUGACACACACCAAGAGCGGAGACAGACAAGCUGUACAGAUCAGCAUACAGUUCCCAGAGGUGGGCUCUUUUGAAGUGGUGUGGCAGGUGAAGUACUACAACUACAACAAGAGGGACCACUGCCAGGGUGGCAACAGUUUCAACAGCAUCGAGUACGAGUGCAAGCCCAACGAUACGCGAAGCCUGAUGUGGGUCAACAAGGAGCUGUUUAUCUGACGGACCAACCAAAACAACACAGGCAGCAUCGGGGUUGUGUUCGUUAGGCACAAAACGGAAGAUAACGGUGAAACUGUUACUACCUGUAAUUAGCCAACAGAAAUGCCUGUUUUUGAUUUCCGUUGCAAAAAUGUUUUCCUACGGUGUGGCCUAACGAACACGACCCAGAUGAACAUGACAUGAGAGCUGAAUGACAAUCAGCUGUUGGAUAGUGAUAGACAGUGUGUUUCAGAUCCAGCCAGCAUGGAAGCCCUCAUAGCAUAACAAUGCUGUUGUUAAAUAACUAAAGAUGUAUAAUUUGCUGUAUGUUGGUGUGUGUUAUAGCUAUGCAUAUUUAUGUUAGUGGUGUGUGUGUGUGUGUCCCGUGUGGCUCAGUUGGUAGAGCAUGGUGUUUGCAACGCCAGGGUUGUGGGUUCGAUUCCCACGGGGGACCAGAACGAAGAAAAAUAAAAUGUAUGAAAUGUAUGCAUUCACUACUGUAAGUCGCUCUGGAUAAGAACGUCUGCUAAAUGACUAAAAUGUAAAAAUGUAAGUGUUUGUGUGUACACUAUCUAUGCAUAUAUAAGAAUGCAGUAUGUUAAUAUGUACUCUGUAUGUUUACAGUUAGAAGAUUUUACAAAAUAUUUGGACAUACAUUUUUCUUAUUUUAUAAUUGUGCUGAUUUUGACUAAUCAGAAUGUCAUAUUUCUGCUGCUCCUUCUACUUAUGUUUCUUAUUUCAUUCUUAAAAUAUUUUUGAGAACUAAAUAUGCUAAGCUUUAUAUUAGUUGGGAAAACUAUAAUUUACUAUGAGAUAUGUAGCGAAAAAGCAGCAAAAUGUAAAUGAUCAGAGCAUUUCACAAAAAUGUACCUACGAACUUUUAAAACAUUGUGAUUACUGGAUAUGUUUAAAAACAAAAUGUUUACGGUAGCUUUAACCAUUUGUGAAGGUAUUUGAAUAGUAAAUAUGUUUGGGAUGA